UUGAAGCGCCGAGAGACACGACGGCUCUCCCCCGACUAAUGCAACCUUAUUGUUAGGAAAACCAGGGAGACUGUUAACCAAAGAACCUUAAACAUUCUCAGAGACUCCUUUACGCACCGGCGGAGACAAUAGCGGAUUCCAGCAUAUGAAUGUCGCUAUAACGGUAUAGCUGUUGUAUAGACUCAAGCUGCUACCCCACUGGUGGAAAUCAAAGGCUGUACAUGGCGGUGGAGAGUACAAUUUGGCUGUUCUGUCUUCUUUCGCUGUUUUGUGGUCCAUCCAAGCAAGAAAAGCUGGUUUCCGUGGAGCUGAGCUGCGGCGCUGGACCCAGCCAUGUAGUGUUGGAACCAGGUUUGCCCCUCUUGCUGGACUGCAAUCUGGGGGCCAGUGAUACACCCUUCAAUGUCUCCUGGCUAAAGGAUGGACAGCCACUACUUCCAGAGGGGAAUGACUACCUUCAGUAUUUGGUCAAUGGAUCCGUUCUCCUGAUGCCAACGUCUAGGGAUGGCCAGUCUCCCCAUGGUGUGGCGGGGGCUUACAGCUGUGUGACUGGUAGCAGCCUUGGAGCGCUGAUGAGCCGGACUGUGAAUGUGCUCCUAGCAAGUCUGUCGAAGUUCCGUCUGGAGCCAUCUCCCCAAAAAGUGCCCACAGGAGGGGCUGCCCGCUUUGAAUGCCAAAUUGAAGGAAUACCAACCCCUGUUAUUACCUGGGAAAAAGAUGCAGUAGCGAUUCCUGAGGGAACAAGAUUCAUUUCCCUUCCUAACGGGGUGCUCCAGAUUCUGGAGGUGACCAAGGAUGAUGAGGGUGUCUACCGCUGUGUUGCAUCCAAUUCUGCCGGGAAGGACAUCAGUCAUGAAGCCAGACUCUCUGUCACCACAGGCUCCACCGAAGCCCUGAACAGAGUUGUGAUUGUGGCACCACCUCAGAAUGCUACAGUUGUGCUUGGACAUCCUGCCGUGAUGGAGUGUAUGGCUCAAGGCCACCCGAAACCACUGGUGUCCUGGAGCAGACAAGACGGAAAGCCCAUGUCUACUGAUGUGGUCGUCCUUGCAACUAACCUGGUGAUUAGAGACACAAGGCGUCACCAUGCUGGUGUCUAUGUCUGCCGAGCCAACAAGCCCAGGACCAGAGAGUUUGUCAUUGCUGCUGCUGAGCUGCAAGUACCCGCCCCCCCAGUGAUUCUUCAGGGCCCAGAGACAGUGUCCCUCUCCCGGGGAAACACAGCCAGGUUUUUGUGUAACAGCUCUGGAGAACCUCCUCCAGUGUUGCACUGGUUGAAGAAUGGCCAGCCUAUAAAGUCAUUCAGACGAGUAAAGAUCCAAAGCCCCGGAGUCCUGCUAAUUAACCAGCUGGCUCUGGAAGAUGCAGGCUACUACCAGUGCAUAGCAGAGAACUGGCUUGGCACAGCCUGUGCCACUGCCAGGCUGACGGUCAUUGUGAGGGAAGGUCUGCCCAGCCCUCCUCGCCACCUUUCUGCUACACCAUACUCCAGCACAACUGCCCUGCUCAGCUGGGAGAAACCUGAGUACAACUCAGAUCAAAUCAUUGGCUACUCUGUGCACUGCCACAGCACUGCAGGCUCUGAUAACGGGGAAUAUGAAUUUGCAAUGAACAAUGACACCACUGAAUAUCUCUUCAGAGAGCUUCUGCCCCAUACUACCUACACAUUCUUUGUGGUGGCUUACUCUCCCAUGGGUGCUAGCAGCCCGUCUCUGCCUAUCGCUGUAGAGAUGCUGGAGGAUGUGCCAAGUGCCCCUCCUCAGCUGUAUAUAGCUAGCACUUCCCGCACAGACGUCAAGGUGAAGUGGCAUCCGUUGUCCUCAGAGCAGAGUCGUGGAGUUGUUACCCACUACCGCAUUGAGUACAGCAUUUUAGAUCAGCCGGACUCUGUGUUUUCCGUGGAGGUCGGGGGGAAUGAGACACAUUUUACACUGAGAGGGCUGCAACCCAGCCAGACUUACCUACUGAGAAUAGCUGCUGGAACUGCCAUUGGCUUUGGGGUUCCUUCUGAGUGGGUUCAGCACAAGACGCCUCCCAUUGAUAGCGAUGACAGCAUGGUGAUCUUUGCUCCUACCGAGCUGAAAGUUAGAGCCAGUGUGAACACACUCAAUGUCACAUGGCAGCCCUCACCCAAUCACACGUUGGUCUCUGGUUACAAGCUGUCCUGUCGAGAAGUCGAGGCUGAAGAGACGGCCAAUGGGGAAAGGACAACACAGACACACACCAUCAGGCUCCGUAAGAAGGCUAGAUAUCAUCUCCUCACUGGGCUGGGCCCUGACCGGCAGUUUGAGGUGAGGCUAUGGGCAUUCAAUAAACAGACAGAUGGAGCAGCUGCAGUGUGGAAGGGAAAGACAGAAAAGCCUCAUGCACCACCAACAACGCCUGGGCCACCACCUCCACUGCCCCCGAGCAAUAUCCAAGCCACAGCCAACAGCUCUACUUCCAUCUGGCUGCGAUGGGAGAAACCGCGGUUCAACAACGUACGCAUCAUCAACUACACAGUGCGCUGCAGCCCAGCAGGAACCACCAACGCAUCCAUGGUUUCCUAUUACACCAGCUCUGCACAAGAGAUUUUGCUUGGGGCACUGAAACCCUUCACUCGCUAUGAGCUGGCAGUGCAGUCUAAUGGAGCGAAUGUGGUAGGACCCUUUAGCGGCACUGUGGAAGAGUCCACUCUCACUGACCGGCCCUCCACACCUCCCGAGGAGCUGCAGCUGACUAUGCUGGACUCCUCGUCGGUGCUGGUGAGCUGGCACCCUCCACUGGAGCCUAAUGGUAUCAUCAUCAGCUACUGGAUUUUGUACAGUGGCAACCUCAGUGAGCCAGAGCAUUUAUGGAAGAACGUCUCCCAGGAUGGGAGUAUUACCAGUGUAGAGGUCCAGGGAUUGGCCAGUGGCACUCGAUAUUUUUUUAAGGUGGGGGCAUCUACUGAGGUGGGGCCAGGGCCUUACUCACCUAUAAAGGAAGUUCACACAAUCCAUCAAGGAUAUGGCAAAUGUCCUAAUAAAAAAGAGCUGGACAUCCAUGCAGUGACAGGCAUUAUAGUGGGUGUGUGCCUAGGACUGAUAUGCAUCCUCCUUUGCAUGUGUUUCAGCUUUCGUAACAGCAAAUCCAGGGAGCUAUCUGGGGCUCUGGACUCUACAGCUGUGAUACCUCAGUAUAAGAGAGGAGGCUGCCCCAUUCCCUCCAACAUACCAGAGUGCAGCAACAGCUAUGAGUUGGAGACACUGAUGCCGGCAGGUAGCCAAGAGUCUGGUCAGCCGCCAGCAGAGGCCCCAGAAGAGCAGAGUCUGAUGGCUGCCUGGAACGGCUCUGUAAGCCAUAACUGGGCCAACAGAAUCACAAGAUACAAAGACACCCUAAUAGAAGAUUCUCCAACACUCGUGAAUGGAGCUCUCAACAUACUAAUCACUGAUAAUGGCAUGGAAGAAGAUAAUUUGAGUACAUCCAUGUGCAGUAACCAGGUUGAGGCAGAAGUCAUUGUUCAUUCUGAGCUUUUGGACACAGAGAGGGAGAAAGAAGAGGAGGGCUAUGAAAACACGGAUUCUAACACCACCUUGGGACCCUCAUUGUCAGAGGAAAAGUAUUCCUCUUUGAGCCAGGCGAGUCCGCAAGAAGAAGAGGAACCUCUAGAAAAACUGUCACUAUCCCAAAGCUCCUCGAAUCUUCCCUCAGUAAAGCUGGUGGCUACUUACAAUGGGGAAAUUGAAGAUACAGGACACCAGCUGACUGCAGACACAGCACCACAUCAGGAAAUGGGUCUAACCAAUGGUUUCCAUUCUCCUAAGAUUGUACUGAGGUCAGAGCGUCUGGAAAAUGGGGACUCUAGACACUGUCCAUCUGCAGCAGGGAAAGCCAUCUCUCCUGGCCUGUCCCCUUCCCCCUUUGUCAGCACCGGACUUGUCCACUCUACCUCAGCAGCACACAGUUAUCUGUGCCCAUAGCCUCUGCAUGCAGGGCAUCAACCCCAUAUGGAUUUUCUUUUAUGUACCCAGGAAAAAUAAAACCCAAGGAUUAUUUUUAUGCACCUCAUUAUUAGAUUUCUUUCUCUUCCUCGCAAAGUUUUAUAGGUACUUUGAAUCCAUUGUUUCAUACUUGUGUAUAUAGAGUAAACAUAUACGGUAUAUUUUUACUGGUAGAGUACUGUAUAUGGGUAUGCAUUCUCUAUCAUUGCAACCACAGUUUCCUCUGGGUCUUUCCUAUCCAUAGGAAGGAAAAAGAUUUAACCAAGCAGACGGACAUGAAUUGGAGAAGGCAUUUCUCACUGUGUCGUAAAUGGCUCUGUUCCACUCAGGAAUGAGAAAAGGCCAGGAAUUUUCCGUGAGUGAGUGCUUGGACAGGUUAUCAUCACUGAUGAAUGAAUUGGAAGCGCAGGGUCUCCCUGGGUUUGGUAAUGUGGAUGCUACUUCAGUGUGGCACUUAGGAAUAAGCCUUAAAGAGUAUCUUCACACUCUGCAAGUGCAGAACACCUGUGCCUCUCUCCAGCCACCUGCUGUCUCAGGGUCCACAGCCACACACACAUACACACACAUACAAACACAAAAACAUACAGAAAGCUAAAAACCUCGCUAAUUCCUUGAUAUUGCAUGUAAAAUUCAAACAGUCAUGUGUAAACACACAUUUAGAUACAUUUCAUGACUGGAAUGUGGGGGUCUCAGGUGCCUAAUUAUUCUAGGUGCAUUUAUAACCUCUGUAUAUUUCUAAAUAUUACAUUGAGUCCAAGUACAAAAAAUGUCAAUUGGAAACAUAUGAAGUAUACAGAUGUGGAACGUGAAGUAUUCUUUUCCAAAAUGCCAUAUAUCCCAGUGGUGUGAUUUUGUAAUCCAGGGACAAUUGAAAAGUAAAACAUGUUUUCUUUUGGUUUUUAUAUGUCAUUUAUGGAAUUAUAGUAUUUAGAUGUUUAUUUUGGUAUUGGUUUGUGUUGAUGGGAGUACUAGAGGAGGUGUUACAACUGUACAUCUGUAGACCACUCUCCUUUCUUUAGCUCCUAAAUGGGGAUGCACCAUUGUCCCUACUAUUGUCAAGAUACUGUGCCAUUGUGUCAAGAUACUUUUUCCCCCUCUGUAAACGUAUUUUUAAUAUGAAAUACUUGCCAUAAUCCAAAGUAUAUAGUGUAUUUGACUUGAUUCUGCCUGACUCGAAAUGUCCACAACUCUUUGCAUUGAUUUUGACAGACUUCAACAAGAUCAGCUAGAAAAGAAGGAAAAAAUGUACAGUGCUUAACAAAUUUAUUAGCCAGCCAAAAGUGUGGUUUAUGCCAUUGCUGAACCAGACUAACAGUACUGAUACCUACCCAAAUCUUUUUUUUUCUGUAACGGUCAGUAUGUGCAAUCUCUAAUUGAAAUCAUAUUUCUUAUGUUAAAUUAUAAAUAUUGUUGUUAGCCAUGAAUUUUCAAAUUUACUAUUAUACAAAAAAGGCUGAAGAAUAGUAAAGCCAAAUUACUGUUAUCUAGCCUUCAUGAACACAAAAAAAUAGUUUUAGUGGUUGGAUGUUACAAUAUGCUUUAUAAAUUUCUGAUUUCUCAGAGAUGUUCAGUGUGCUGGUCGACAUUUGGGUAUAAAAAUACAAAAAUUAUAUAUUUAGUUUUCAAUGUGUAUUUAACAGACUUCUAAAAUAUUUCUGUUUUUUUGUUUUUAUGACAGGUCAUCCAAUAAAUUUGUUCAGCACUAUAUGUGAUCCAUUUUUUAAUGUUUUUUUAAUCUUUGAAAUUGUUCCUUAUAUAUUCAAACAGUCAUUUUCAAAAUUAAAACUUUCAUAUUACGAGCAGUGAUUCAGCAUCGGUUCAAGGAGCGUAGAGACUGGUGCAUCCCUACUUCUUAUCAACAGCACUACCUCAUUUAUUUUCAGGACGGUUUCCAGUGUGAUUUAAGUAGUUUUAUGUAACUAGCACCUUUUGAGAUCUUAUUCUUAACUUGUCUGAUUUUACAGCAUUUAAUAUUUGAAGGAAUAAUCGUCCUGCAGUGACUGUAUGUGUUAUGUCAAACUGGAAAUUAUGUCUCUUUAGUGCAUUGCAGCUUCCUCUCAGAUUUCUAAUAGAUUGUGUCUGUCAGUGCAAAGUUACCCUUUCCUGCAACAUUGCUCUACUGAAAAAAAAAUACAUAACCCUAUGGCUUUGAUGUGAUGCAUCUGAAACUCGUCCACUCAGUGGCAUGCGGUUUCAGAACUAUACUUCCAGUCAAAGUAGCACCAACUAUAGAAAAGUUCUACCAGUUUCUGUAAUCUGAUCAUUCAAUCCAAUGUUAGGGUUUUUAUUGGGUUCUAAUGAUAAACAAAAUGUUGGAAUGUGACUUUUUUGAAUUCAAGUUGCCUUAAAUAUAAGGUAAAAUUGUGAAAAUACUUGAAGCAGGCUAUCAAAUUAUUUUUUUCUUGCCUGCUUCAGGUCACUAAUGUAUAAUAAGAGUUCUGGCCUGGAUACUUAGUGCAUGAUGACAAGGACGUGUGACACUCAUUACUCAUUAGACAAAGUAAUUCAUAGCUACAGAUGGCUCAAGUCUUUGCAUACCUUUACAACUUACAUUUUCAAAAGGUUUUAUCAGGUGCUUCACUUCAAAAAGAGAGUUUUUAAAAUGAUAAUACUGUUGUGGGGGGACUUUGAUUUUUUUUUCUUUUUUUUUUCUGUAGAUUCAACUCUAAAACAAUAGCAGGUCCGCAGAGCUUGUGAGCAGUAAUAAUAAUGACAUCUAUCUCAAAAUAUAAUCUUAGCAUUGAGUCAAGCCCUGUUUAUGAUGUCUCAUCUUCUCUCAGGUCGUUUUUCUAGCAGUGAUAAUGGAGCUCAAAUACUUCAGCAGCAGAAAUGGAAACUGUUGUUUGUUGACAUUAAUGAAAAACGCUCAGUGUGUUCAGUGUUCCCGCUAAAAAUGCUUUCCUUGCCAAAAUUUCUCAACAAAGUUUUUCGCCUUGGCCUUUAUCUACCCAACAUCAAAGUAUGACUGCCAUUUAUUUAUUUAUUUUUCACAUACAAUAGCAGUCAUUUACAGACAGAAAUGAAUGUGUGGAAAACCUGUGUGAAACACUGAUUGGAAAUUCAUUAAGAAAGAAAGUGAUAUUCGUUGCAUCUGGAUGAUUCACUGCCAGUUACAGAAAUUAUGCCAUUUAUAAAAGUUAAUGCAAAGCACCGACUUUUUGUUUUUUUAAUUUUACAUGCGAUAUUCACUGUUACUGUUCUCUACUUAGCACCUACUCUAAGUAGGUAUCCUUAAAAGGCAUGUAUGUCCUGAGUACUGGCAGAAACAUUCUCAAAAGCAUUCCAGUUUGAUAUCUUCAACAUACCUCUCUCAGUCCAAGUCAGCCAUGAUGAGCCAUGCUCAGAAAAGAAGUGCUAAUUCACUCAUAAUGUGCAACUUCUGUUUGGAUAAGUUUCAUGUGUUUGGAUGGAAAUCAGUGAAUCAAGACAAUGUACAAUGACAAAAAAAACCAAACUUUUAAAUCUUAUGAGCAUAGAUUUAAUGAAGUUGUCUCACAACUAUCAUUUUCAUUUUCAAAACACUGCAUUGAACAUAGGAGCUGUUCUUUCAGACUGUAUUGUCACUGCACAUAAAGUGUAAACAUAGAGAUGGUAUACUCUCUAUACCAAUACACCAUUUUUUGUCAUGGACAAUUUAAAAUAAUUAAAAAUUAGUUAGUUUGUGCUUGGGAGUUAAUCAAGUAAAGACACCAUCACAUCCAUCAUGAAAGAAUUAAAUUUCAUGAUGUUGCAGUUGCCAAAAUCUAACGUAAAAUCUUAGGUAGACAUAGUUUAAUGCUUUUUUCCCCCAACUGAUAUUUCACUUCUAUCAGGUUGUUUCACUUAUGUAUUAAGUCUUGAUGCAGUAGUGGAUUAUUAUGGUGUGUGGAGGUGACAGAGGAUAUGAAAUGGCGAUUAGCAUAACCCUGCCUGCAGCAUAAAUGAUGUAUGCUCUCCUAAUAGGAGCUCUAUUAACACUAUUAACCACUCUUUUGAAUAUAUGUAUAAAACCUUGCUUUCUUUGUACACCUUUUUGUUGGCUAGAACAAUCACAUUUUUAGAGAAAAAUGACUCAUUCUCUCAUUUUGUGGAGAAGAUAAUUACUUUGUUAAUUAUGUUGAUUUCGUCUUCUUUUUGUAAGGGUUAAUUAAAACACUAUACCUCAUGUUGGUAACUUCAUUUGAUUCUGAUCAGUCUCUUGAUACUGCACAUUUUGUAAACAAGUAGAACAUUCAAGGUAAGAAUACUGUUGUUUUGUUAGCCAAGUUUUUUCACAGAGGAUGGGACUGGUGUUUCAUUUUACCUCAGUGUGAGUUUUUACUCAUUAUAGUGACUUGGAUUGUCUAGUCCUGCACUGAGGAGUUCAACACAUGAGAGGAGGGAUUAAAGGGAACCAUUCAAAUGUUGUUUAUUAUUUGGCAAUAUGAGUAUUUCUAAAAGUUUAAAGGCAAAAAUCAUAAAAAAGGAAAAAAUGUCUAAAUCUGCUAAACUGUAAACUAGAAGUAUUUUUUUUUCCUAGGGAGAAGGGCUAAAGAGAACCCCUCCUGAGGCAGGUUAUACCUCUCAGUGCAGACAGAUUUCUAUAGAAAUAAAAGUCUCUUCUCAACUCAGGUGCCCCAUCUUUGCAUAAAAGGAUCAUGCCUGUAUAUUCAGAUACGUGUCAUGUGUUGUCAAACAAAGCCUCAUUUUGUCUUUUUGGGAAUUUAAUCAAGGAAAAUCUUAUGCACAGAUGAUACGUUGUUUUGUACAAAUCACUCAGUGCAUUUCUAUCUCUAGCUUUUCUUUGUACAUUCUGGUGCUUUGUGGUGAGCUGCUUUGUCCAGUGAUGUCACAAUGUUGUACUUUUUUUGUGGUACAUUAUCUCUAGUUUUGUGUGUACCCACCCAGUUCUGCCUCUUUUAUUAUGUAUGCACAGACUAUAGUCAUGUGCCACCAGCGAUGCUCUGCAGCUACUCAGACACCUUUGUAAUCAUUGCGUGCCGAGCAAAAUGUCAUUAAUCGCAUAUGCUAAUGUAGAAGCAAAUUGUAGGAGCACUUAAUAGAUUAGCACUUCAUCUUUGGCCAUGAGCAAAUCUGGUCUGUCAUCUUUACAUUUCUAGAAGUGCAAUUUUCUUAGUGUGUAAAACAAGAGAUGGAUUACUUAGUGUUAGUCAUGGUGAUGCUGGCCAUGUGAUAGAGGCAUUGCUAUUUCAAAGGAAUCAGUCACAGAAUAGGUAUUACUUGUGGUUUUUAGAAAUAUUUCCGCUGUGUUACCAUAUGUGAAAAUGUCAAAACUCACAGCAACUGUGAGCACUUCUCUUCUGUAA